AUGUGUCCCCCAUGCCCGCCUGUGCUGGGCGCCUGGCGGGCAAUCUUGGCACCGGGCGCGGCGGAUGGCCGACCGGAGGCCAUCCGCCGCGGCAGGCGCUGGUACUUCCUCAAGGAGUCGGACCUGUGCGAGGCGCUGGCCGACCCAUGGGCCUUGGACGCGGAGGAGGAGGUGGCGGUGGUGAUGCGGCUGCCACCAUCGCCGGCUGGCCGGUACCGGUUGGCCCCCACAUGGAUGCAGCCCAAAGCGCCCGGGCAGCUGGCCCUGACGCUGGGCCAGGGCCAUCUGUCGAUGGUCACCGUGUGCCUGGCCGGGCGCCGGGUGCUUGGCUGUGUGCUUGGCCCGUCGGCCGGGCAGGCGGCCCGGUGCAUAUGCCCGGAGGCUCGAGCGGCCUGGCUGCUGCCGGAUUGGAACCUCCUGGAGGCGGGCUUGCAGCAUUCGACGGGCGGGCCCCCGGCACAGCGAUCGGCGAGGGUGCUCGGGGUGUUCGGGCUGAAUGGCUGCGCCCGGCGGGUGGCCAUCAUCACCGAGCAGGAGGUGGCGAUCUUCCAUUGUUGGAGCCCGGUGGCGCGGACGCCGCUGGCCGAGCUGCGGGUGCUGCGCGCGAUUCAGGCCCACGACCAGGCUGUGCACUUGGAAUUGCGCGGCCAGCAGAGGCUGGUUCUGGACAUGGGGCUCCUGGAUCUUCGUCUGCGGGUGGACACCCGGCCGGACCAUGGCCGGGAGGGGCGCCUGAGCUUGCAUCUCAAGUUGCCGGAAGACAUGGAGCUGAGGUGCAGCACGCCUCGAGUGGCCGGGUCGAGGGGCGCACCGGCCGCAGGGGCAUGGCGCCCGGCCCCCGGGCGCCGUGGUCCUCCCCGGUGUGGGAGUCGUCGGGACUUGUGGCCUGACAGCCAGCGGCUGGUGCCCAAGCCGAUCAGCAGUCUGUCGUUCCUGCAGAUCGCCAAAUCGAUGGACACCCGCCGGUGGAUCUUCGGCCGGAGGGCGUCGCGAUUGGCACGGGCCCGCCGAGUGGCGGCCAUGACGUGGGCCCUGCGCGGCGGGGCGCGGACCCGGCGCCGGGACUGCCUGCGUGCGAUGGCCCGACGGGCGGCCUGCAAGCGGGAGGCCAUCCGACGGACGGCCGCCCUCAGGGCGGCGGUCUUCCGGCGCCGGCUGCAGCCAUUCCGCGUGCCCCGGACGGUGGACAUCCGCUUCUCGUGCGCCGAUGGCCGGCACUUCCUCGGGUUCGGUGUGACCGUGCGGGGAGCGCGCCCGGUGGACGGGACCCUGCUGCUGGCGGCCGACGACGUGGUCGGUGCGCUGCUGGGGCUGCCGGUGACCGGGGCCCCGAGGAGCCUGCCGGGCGUGGUGCUCCGGCGCCCGGUGAGUAGCCUGCAUGGGCAGCUGGGCUGCCGCAAUGGCGUGCUGCCCUGGGAGUCGGAGGAGCUCCUGGCGCAUGGCCAGCACAUGGCCUUGCGGAUGUGGGCGCAGAGGCUUCCCGAUGGCGAGGGCGGCCGUGUGAGCCCGGCCGAUGAGCUGGCGGGUUGGUCAGACGCCGGGGAUCGGCCUCCGCCCGAGGCCGAGGCCGCCGUGUGA